AUGGCUUCUUCACACUCCAUGAGCUCCUCCCUCGCCGACGUCGACUACUACACCUACUCCCACUCCGCCUCCUCCUCCUUGAGUGAGGCUUCUGCCGCCUUUCCCCCGCCGCCAACCACACAUUCCCGCAACACUUCGGGAGCCCUGCAGCAUCGUCGACAACAACCUUCGCUGGCGCAUGUGAAUGUCCCCUCGCUCUCUCAUCGCCGCACCUCCAGCAUCCCCGUUGCUUCUCCCACCAGUGGGAAACGGACGUCCCUGUCAUCGCCCGUCCGAGCGGCCUCCACCUCCGUUGCCGAGAGAGCAUCCCCGAGUCGCCUACCGCAGCCAGGCCCGCUACCACAACGUCAUCCCAGUCCACAAAGGACGGUCAGCCACAGACUUGUGCGAACGUCUUCGCUGCAGGCACGAAGUUUCAAUAGGUCACAACCGGAACGAUCCAUCAUCCCUCCUACCUCUCUCCCACACAAUCGCAACGUUUCCCUCGGCUCACAAUACUCCGACACCGUCCCUCCCUCCCCUACACACGGCGAUUACACCCGCUCCGCCAUCCCCAUACACGCAAGAUACUCCCACCACCGCUCCAUAUCUAAUGCGCCUCAAUCCUCAAGCUUAGACUCAGCGUCUGGGGACACGCCGGCGCAAAGAGGUCGCAGCACAUCUCCAAUGAAGGGCAUCUCGGAGGCACCGAGCCUCCGGCAAGAUGGUGUUAAACGGACCCUCACCGAUGAGUCGAUCAGCUCGCUGGAUUCGCCCAUUGCCUUCCGGCCAAAGUCGCCGGGCGGCAGGCUGGGCAACUUCUUCAGCUGGAAGAAGCAUAAUGGGGACUCUCCACCGUCCGAUUCGUCGCUCUAUCCUCCCACGGUUCACCGGUCCAACUCAAUGGACAAUACUGCUACCGCGCCACGUCUGACGCCCCCAGGGGUCCAGGUGCAGCGCGCCAACCUCCAUCACCGUCGCGACUACUUCGACAGCGAUGACGCUCCUUUACUAUUCGGCACUCCUGAAACGAAUGCCCAUGUGCGGGAGCUGGAGAAGGAGUUGACACAAGUGAGCACGGAGUUGGCCGAGUCCAUCAAGCGAGAAAUGGAAUUGGAGGAUGAGAUUGACCGGCUGCGCGUGGACCCGCCCAGUGGCACCGGCUCGGAGUCUACACGCAGGAGUAGCGACUACUUCUCCGACUCGGGCGCAAGUGCAAGUCGCUUUCCGCUCUCCGACCAGGAGGCGAAGUUCGAGCAGCUGGAGCAGAAGCUGCGAAAGGCGGAGCAGGAGAAGGCUCAGGUCAAGAUUGAGAUGGCUUCACGGCUACAGAGCGAGCUUGGUCGCCGGCGAGAUCUUGAAAUCAUGGUCCACAAGCUCGAAGAACAAGUACAGUCCAAGCAGGAUGAAGAGGAUGUACGAGGGGAUCGGGAAGAGCGAAUCGAUGAGCUGGAGACGACGGUGGAAGACACACGCAGACUUCUCAAUCAAGAGCGACAGGCGAAGGCCAGUUUUGAAGAUCUGUACACCGCGACGAAAGGCGAACUCGAACGCCAUGCGACGGAGAAUGCUCGGAUGAAGGAUGAGAUGACCUCGCUGAAAUCGAUGAUGGUUUCCAAGUUCGGGCCCAUUACCGAGGAAGAGGAGGGCGCAUCUCCUGUCCGCUUGACGAGAUCUGGAUCGCUUGCUCGUAAUCCAAGCCGGCGCGGAGGGUCGUUGAGUAGGUCUCUGACGAACGCGAGUGGCUCGAGAGAACGGUCUGGAUCUAGUGCCGGGGCCAUCGUUACUGCAGAGGGCGUCAAGGAAAUUGAGGACCAGCGAGACGCAUUGCACAAGGCGCUGAAGCUGCUGAUUCUUCGUGCGGAGAAGCAGCAAAAGGACCACGCAUUGGCCAUCAAGAAGCUGACUACGGCGAAGAACUUGGCCGAGUCGUCGACGAACAGCCGUGGUGGAACGUAUCAUCGAGAAGUGGCCACGUUGAAGGAGGAGGUGGCCACCCUACGGAAGCGAACAGAAGAUGCUCUCGAGCAGAAAUGGCAGUAUGAGAAAGGGCUGUCAGGGAUCAAGAUGGAUCUCGACCGGGCGGAGUUGGAGACUAGAGGUCUUCGCAUCAUCCUGCAGGAACACGACAUCCUCGGCUCGAGCCAACAAACACUCUUCGGCAAUGGACAGGGUGGAGACGGCGCGGCGGACGAGGCUUUACAGCAGAGCAUUUCGACUGCCGAGACUGAGCGCGACCAAGCGCGCAAAGUCGCGGCCGAGUACCGCCAACGUGCCGAAGCAGUGCAAGACGGAAGCUCCGAUGAGCUCAUCGCUUGCGCUCAACGCAUGGACGAGCUAGCAGAUCAGCUGGAGAGGCAGGUGCAGUCCAACAUCGAACUCCGCAAACGGCUGGCCGAGGCCGUCGCGCGUGGCGAGCUGGAGCAACGCGAGUCCAACGGCAAGAUCAUCGAAAUGCAAAAGCGCCUGACAAUCAUGGAAGACUCGGUCCUCGCCGCACAACAGCACUCCGAAACGACACUCGGCACGCACGAAGCCGAAGUGCGCAAAUUGGAAGAAGCGUCGUCCCCAUCUCUCCAACGCCUCCGCCUCAGCCCCUACCCAAGCAACCUGUCCAACGCCUCCCGCCACCUCACCCCCGGCACCUCCCCCUUGCUCGCAAGCGGCAAAUCCCCCAAACUCAGCACGAGCCGCAAAGCCUCCGACACGGCUUCUUCGGCUGCAGCGUCGCUGCUGGAGCGCAGCAAGACGCAGAUGCUGGAGCGCAAGGUGCGCGAGCUGGAGGCGCUGCUGCGCGAGGCCGAAGAGGAUAUGCAGGAUGUGGUGACGAAGGUGAAUAAGAGUCAGUUGGAGGUGGCGGAGCUGCAGACGCAGCGCGAUGGCGCGUUUCAGCAGAUGAGGCGCUUGCAGAAGGAGAUUGGGGCGGAGAGGGUGCGGGCGGAGCAGUUGAUGCGGUAG